CUUUGGGAUCAGCAAAAAUGAGAAUUGAAGGCGCUUCGCCGUCUUCUGAAGAGAGAUUUAACUGUGUCAGGAUGAUUGAAUGUGUUAAAACAUUUUACAAUUGUUUGAGUUUGGCUGACAUGGCAGAAAAUACUCUGUCAAUUAGUUACUUAUUACAGUUUAGCGUAAGUGGCAUCAUUUUGGGAAUUUGUGGUCUUCAAAUUUCAAUAAGUUUAUCGGAACUUGCAAGGUUUGCCUUCAUUAUCCUAUUUUUCGUGUGUAUGUUUAUCGAAAUCUACAUACCGUGUUUCUUUGGCACCAUUUUGCAUUACAAAAGUGAUGAACUAACUGCAUCGAUAUUCCAUUCGAAUUGGAUUGAACAAAAUGCAUAUUUUAAACAUCUGAUGAUAAUUUUCACUCAAGGUACAAUUCGACCAAUUCGGAUUUUUGCCGGUGGCUUAUUUGAAGUGAAUUUACCAACAUUUUUAGCGAUUGUUCGGAUGGCCUAUUCAAUGUUUGCUCUACUUCGAAAUGUUGGACGCGUAUAAUUUCCCUCAUAUGUUGCCAACAACAAUAUUGUUAUGAAGCAUUAUUCUACAAACAGAUAGCUAAGCUACCAUAAUCAUAAAAAAGAGCUAAUAGCUGUAAAGAUUAAAAAUAUCAAAAAACAAAAACACAUUACUUUGU